AUGGCGGUAGUUCGAACUACAGAACAGACUAUGGUAGCAGUGUUGUGCUUGGUGGCGUGCGCGGUGGCGGGUGACGUUCGUGAGAAGCGCGGUGUGCUCAGCGGCCUGCACUCCCCUAGCGGCGUGUCCUACGGGUCGGGCUACGCCUCGCCCUCUGUCAGCUACUCAGCUCCCGCCAUCAGCUACUCGGCACCCGCUCUCAGUUAUUCCGCCCCGUCAGUGAGCUACGCCCCCGCGGUAAGCUACGCAUCUGCACCCGGAUUGAGCUACGCCGCCGCUCCCGCAGUGAGGUACGCAUCUGCCCCCGCCGUGAGCUACGCCUCUGCCCCCGCCGUGAGCUAUGCCCCUGCCCCCUCCGUGAGCUACCCGAUCGCUCCCGCAGUCAGCUACUCGGCGCCCGCUGCCCGCCUGGUUUCCGUUAACAAGCUGGUCAACGUGAACAAGGUCGUGAGCGUUCCCCAGGUCGUCAACGUUCGCAAGGUCGUGUCCGUGCCCCAACUGGUGACCGUUAACAAGAUAGUGUCCGCGCCCAGCCUGGCUGCGGGUUACGGCAACGGAUACGGCGCUGUGCCCAGCUACGCCAGCGGCUGG